GCCAUAUGGAACCACACAAUGAUUUGACAUGCAUAUUGAAAUUAACCUUUACAUCUGGUAUGAAGUUUGUUUACAAGAAGUACUUAGUAAACUUGGAUUUAUAAAUAUUACAAUUUGUAUUUAAAGAUGACAAAACUUGCAUUUUCAUCAAAUGAAACUACAAGUAUAGAAAAACCUAUUGAGCUGACACGUUCUCCUGUUAACACGAAUCCAGAUGACUUAGACGAUGUAUAUGAAUUAAAUCGAUGUGCCCAAUGGAUUCAACUCAAUAAAUUUAAAAAGGUUUGUCUUCAAUUCCCAGACUAUUUACUUCCAGAUUCCAGUAAUGUGAUUUUGAAACUCCAGAGUAUUUUAAAAACAACAUUGUAUUUAUUAGGUGAUACUGCAUAUGAAAGUUGUUGUGUAGAUUAUAUUGCAGCUGCUCAUAUAAAUGCCGAUGCAAUAAUCCAUUUUGGUCCUGUUUGUUUUUCAAAAUCGUCUGCAGCAAUUCCAUUUAUAAAUAUUUAUGAAAAGCUUCCACUUAAUAUUGACCAAUUGAAGGAUAAUUUUAAAGAAACUUUUAAAGAUGAAAACCAACAGGUGGUGGUUAUAAUUGAUGUCGGUUAUAUCCAUUUAUUUGACAAAAUAAAAAGUAUUUUGGAAAGCUAUCCGAACAUUAUGUUACAAAGAAUUGACGAGAUGGCGACUUGUUCCUCUGGACAAACAGUUUUCUUUAUAGGCAGUAAUGAAAUGAAAUUAUUAAAUGUAGCUCUAAGUUUGAAACCCCUCAAUCUAUAUUAUUAUGAGGGAAGUAUAAAACUAUUCGAAGCUACGAAUAAAAUAAUAAGAAGAAGGAAUUACGUCGUUGAAAAAAUAAAGGAUAGUGAAACUAUUGGGAUAAUUAUCGGUACAUUGGGAGUAAAAAAUUAUUUGAAAGUGAUAGAGAGAAUGAAAGCAUUAAUUAGUCAAAGUGGGAAAAAAUAUUAUCUUAUUAGUGUUGGGAAACCUACUGUUUCAAAACUGGCGAAUUUUCCAGAGUUAGACGUUUACGUGGCGAUAACAUGUUCGAUGAGUGAAAUUUAUUGUAACAGAGAUUUUUAUAAACCAAUUGCUGUACCUUUUGAUGUCGAAGUAGCUUUAAACGCAGACCCAGAAAGGCAUCAAGAUUUCACAUUCAAUUUUAACGAUUUUAUCGACAAAUGCGGCAUAAAAACUAGUUCAGAAUCACGCGGAGAUGUCAGUUUAUUAACAAAUAAGCUACGAUUACCUAAUACAAAGGAAUCUACAAAUAACGACGAGGACAAUCAGUCUUUAGCUUUAAAAAGUAGCGGUACAUUAGCACUACAAAGUUCCGGAGCUGGGUAUUUGGCUCAAAGGUCUUGGCAAGGUUUGGAACAAAAACUAGGCCAAACUGAAGUAAGAUUGGCUAAAGAAGGACGUUCGGGAAUAGCGUCGCAAUACGAAAAUGAACAGUUUUAGAAAAAUUCUUAAGGUAUACGCAGCCAAUAUGGCCAUGCCAAGACAUUUAAUGUUUUUACAUUAUGAUAUUUCCAAAAUUUAGGAUAACCUAUAGUAUAAAGUAUAUUAUUGUAAUAGUCCAGUCAUUUUAUGCUCUUUACACCUUAAUAUUCGGAAAAAUUCCUGAUGGGCUGAAUUUUUGUAUACACCUUUAUUACAUUGUUGUAAUGAACAUGUGAAAAAUCGACAUCGAUUUAGUGUUGUAAAGGUCAUAAGGUCACAAAAAUCGGUAUUAAAAAUAAAUACAAUUGAUGGUAUACAAUACUAUAUGUGGGUGCAUCCUGUUGAGACAAUCAAAUGAUAUAUUUGUAUUCUGUGUUAUUUAUUGUUUGACAUAUGUCAGAUGUUACUUCCUGUAAUGAAUAAGAUAUUAGGUUAAGGUGUGUGAAUAAGUACAUGUGACUAGUGACUGGAUUGAAGAUUAACUUCAGUUUAUCAGAAAGAAUUUUGUCAACAAAAUAUAAAAUAAACUUCCAUGGUUCUCAACACAUCCUAGUUGCUUUCCCAACGUUCCACUCCAAAGACAAUUGAUUUUACACCUAACCUAACAGAAAAAUUUUAAACAAAUUUAAAUAUUAAAAAAAUGGCCAAAGUCACCCAACUUUAUGGUUUAGGUAGUUACCGAGCUGAGGAAUUGACUACAUUACCAACUUGGGCUUAUUGGCUGCAUGUACCUUAGUUGAAAGGUUUGCGAUACUUACUAAUAGAUUAAUAACGAUUUUACAUCUUUCAAUAAAUCCGUUAAUCAAU